AAGAGCUGAAUCGGCAAGUUGAGGAGAGAAGGAAGUUUCACAUUAUCCGUGUUUAUCUCACAUUUGCUAUUCUGAUGGCUUCAUCUUCCACACAAGCUUCUAUAGAUCAAGCCCAUGAAAGUAAGGAGGUUGAUACAGGCACUGCUGGAAGAGGAGUCUGGCUGGUAAAAGUGCCCAAGUAUCUGGCUGAGUCCUGGCAAAGGACAGAUGGGAAAUGUGAAGUGGGCAAACUACGCAUUGCAAAACCCAAAUUCCAAGGAGGUAAACCCGAGGUUGUGUUCACGAUCGAUGAUAAACUCCUAGAGAAGGAGAAAGAUUCAUCCGGUGACGUGCUGCCCACCGUACCAAAGGACCACAAGUUUGUCCUGACAGGGAUCGCCGACCAGAAUCUAGCCAUCUUGGGACAGGAUGCAGAUAAUCGUGUCAGUAUUGCUGGGAAAGUUAUACAGCGGGCAGAAUGUCGACCGAUCGUCGAUUCAAAUUAUAUGAAACUAAAAAAGUCUCACAUUGAUAUAGCAAACCGUCCUGUCAACGAAGUCAUCAAGCUUGACCAAGUACAAGUGAAAUAUAAACCAGUCAUGGAUCACCAGUUUAAUAUUGAGCAUCGUAAAAAGAAGAAGGACGAGGGCAAGCGAUCGCGAGCUGAGAAAGAUCAGGUCAUGGAAAUGUUGUUCUCUGCAUUCGAGAAACAUCAGUACUAUAACCUGAAGGAUUUGGUGACAAUAACAAAACAACCUGUGACGUAUCUGAAGGAAAUCCUCAAAGAGUUCUGUACGUACAACACAAAGGCACCACACAAGAACAUGUGGGAGUUGAAGCCUGAAUACAGACAUUAUAAGGAGGACAAAUGAUAUCAGAGGAUUUGUGGAUAAUCAUGAUCUCAUAUGGUGCUCUGAAGGACUUCAGCUGUUUAUGCAUGUUCAAGGCCAUGAAGAGUGUGUUGCAGUGAGUGCUCCUCGGAGGUAAUGGCAAAUGACUUGAUGUCACUUGUUCCUGAAGUGCCAUAGCAUGUGUUGGGCUACAUUGUACCACCAACAAGUGGAAAUGGGAUGUUUUAAUAAUUGGUUUGGAUAUUGGUGGUUUGGCCUGAAUUCAUAGAAGGCGUUUUUCAUGACUGGCAGUUUCCAUUGUUCGAAAUUGCUACCAUGGCAUAAUCCACAUGAGCUGAAAUAUCUGUGGCUGAAGGACUAUUUGAUCGCUCGGUCUGAAGUAUUGUGGUUUGUAGCUGGGUUGGGGUACUGAUAAUUGCCUUCAACGGAAGCAAGUUGGAAAAUGGUGGUCUAGUUCUGAUGAAUAGACAUAGCACCACACAGUAAAGUGCUAGGUUUGACCUCUUUCAGGUAUUUGAUGAGAACCUUACUGUAAAGGGAUAAUGUUAUUGUCGUUUCCUCACUGUUUUAUCGUUCCAUGUAAGUAAUGAAAUAUCCACUCAUUACGGGUCUUUGAGCAAAUGUUUUGUACUGGGAAAUAAAUGAUGCUAAACUGA